CACGCUCCUACCCGGCAGCCGGGAGUCCCCAAGGAGAACUGGGGGAACCGGGGAGCAGCCGGGGCUUGUGGCUGCUGGGCACCCAAGCUCACCCGACCAGGAGACGGGAAGCUGGGCACAGGAUGGCCUCCCCUCGAGCUGUACAGCUGUCUCUGGGAAAGCCGACUCGCGCUGUGUGCGUGGUAGGUGUGGAGACACCUGUAAACGUCUACAGUGAUGUGCCCAAAGGCGCCAAGACUUUUGGGGUGUCCGGGAGCUCUGAGGUGAAGAUCUACAUGGUUUACGAUCCCUCACGAGUGGCAGAGCCCGCAGGCCGGGCCCACUGGCCCCUGGAUGCCAAUGUGGAUGUGGUGGUGGUGGCGGAUACAGUCAGUAAGGACUUACAUGACCUCAAGGUGAGGGUAUCGUACUUUGAGUCCCAGCAGGCUGCUGCCCUGGCGCACAGUGUGCUCUACCUGACUGCCGUUGAUGUGUCCCUUGAUGUCGACACAGGCCGCACAGGCAAGGUGAAGAAAGGCUCUGGUGACAAGAAAACCUGGCGCUGGGGCUCCGGGGGCUCCGGGGCCAUCCUGUUGGUAAACUGUGACAGAGAUACCCACGGGUCCAGGGAGGACCUGCACGCUGGCCAUUUGAGGUCACUGGAGGACCUGCAGGACAUGUCCCCAAUGGUGCUGAGCUGUGAUGGCCCUGAUGAGCUUUUCGAGAGUCACAAGCUGGUCUUGAAGGCGUCUCUGUCUGACUCCAGAAGACUGAAGGUCCUCUGCGCCCGGGGUGGGACCUCCCUCUCCAACUACAAACAGGUGCUAGGGCCCCGUAACAGCUCCUAUGAGGUGGAACGGCAUCCCGGGGAGAGAGACAUACAGUUCUAUGUGGAAGGACUCGCCUUCCCUGACGCCAAUUUCUCGGGGCUGCUCUCUCUCAGUGUCAGCCUGGUGGACACUCGGCCCCUCUCCGAGGUGUCAGUCUUCAAGGACAGCGUGACCUUCCGAGUGGCCCCCUGGAUCAUGACCCCCAACACCCAGCCGCCCCUGGAGCUGUAUGUGUGCAGUGUGACAGAUAUUCACGGCCGAAAUGACAAGUUCCUGGAGGACAUGUCCCACCUGGCCAUGAAGGCCAACUGCAAACUAGUGGUCUGUCCCCGGGCAGAGAAUCGCAAUGAUCGCUGGAUCCAGGAUGAGUUGGAGUUUGGCUACAUUGAUGCCCCUCACAAAUCCUUCCCCGUGGUCUUUGAUUCCCCCCGAAACAGAGGCUUGAGGGACUUCGCCCUAAAGAAGAUCCUGGGUCCUGACUUUGGAUAUGUGACCCAGGAGAUAGAGUUCGCAGGUGCCUCUGGCCUGGAUUCCUUCGGCAACCUGGAUGUGAGCCCGCCAGUGAGGGUAGGCAACACAGAGUACCCCCUCGGCAGAAUCCUCAUCGGUGGCAGCUUCCCCAAGCCCAGCGGGCGGCGGAUGGCCAAGGUGGUCCGAGACUUCCUGCAGGCCCAGCAGGUGCAAGCGCCUGUGGAACUCUAUUCCGAUUGGCUUUCUGUGGGCCACGUGGAUGAGUUCCUGAGCUUCGUGCCCACCUCUGACCAGAAGGGCUUCCGGCUACUCCUGGCCAGCCCCAGUGCCUGCCUCCAGCUGUUCCAGGAGAAGAAGGAGGCGGGCUACGGGGAGGCUGAACAGUUUGAUGGCCUCAAGCAUAAGACAAAGAGAAGCAUCAACGACAUCUUAGCUGACAAGCACCUCAGGAGGGACAGUGCACACGUGCAGAAAUGCAUCGACUGGAACCGCGAGGUGCUGAAGCGGGAGCUGGGGCUCUCCGAGAGCGACAUCGUGGACAUCCCACAGCUCUUCUUCCUGAAGGGAGCCUACGCUGAAGCCUUCUUUCCUGACAUGGUCAACAUGGUGGUCCUCGGCAAGUACCUGGGCAUCCCUAAGCCCUUCGGCCCGCUCAUCAAUGGCCGCUGCUGCCUGGAGGAGAAGGUGCGCUCCCUGCUGGAGCCGCUGGGUCUACGCUGCGUCUUCAUCGAUGACUUUCUCUUUUACCACCAGCUGCUCGGAGAGAUCCACUGUGGCACAAAUGUGCGGAGGAAACCUUUUACCUUUAGGUGGUGGAACUCUGUGCCCUGAGCCUGCCCGACCACCACCCUUGCUUCCCUGCUGAUGGGAGUCCCAGGGCAAGGGCCCCGCACCAGCCUCUACCCUCCUGGGGCCUGAAAGCGGGCUGGCUACUGUGGUCAGCUGCUUGCCAGAAGGACAGCACACUUCUUCGUUUCUGGAGUCGCCUAUCCUGCCCAGGACAUUAUCGCCACUUUUCCUUCUCCCUUUCCCAGCCAGAGCCCCGAGAGGGUCUAAGCCGGAGGCUGAGCCUCCGCAGCCACGCCCCACUUUGAGCUGUUCCCCCUCCCAGCCUCUGGACACUUCUCUGGAGCCUGAGAAAAAUAGUUCUGGAGCUGUUUCAGAAAUGCCCACCAUGCCAGGACCCUGGGGCAAGAGCACCAUGGUUUCAUAUGACUCCUGGAUUGCGUAAAAUGAAAAGGAAGAUCUGGGGCGUCCUUUUUCCCAAAGGGCCUCAGGCCAUGGCCCUCUGGUACAGUUCAGCUCAGUGUAGGCAAGCAACGGCAGGAAAGCUCGGUCCUUGAAAGUGGGCAGGCACAAAAGCCCCUCUAAUGCCCAACUUCAUCCAGUCCGACCUCUGCAGGAUGCUUGUUACCUGUCAGGGCAGCCUUUAAUUAUGAACCCUGACGCUUCCUGUUGGAAGAUGCUGCGGGGCAUAGGGAGGCCCUCAGAAGUCUGCAAGCUGGGUGGGGGUGGGCAGCAAAGUCAGGCCAGGAAAGCAGAGAGGUUGCCCAUCUUGGGGUGGGGAACCUGGACGCCUGGGACUCGUGGCUGAGUGUUUGGGGCCCCUGAACCUGAAGGCUGUUGGUCCAGAUGUGAAGGGGAUGGGGCCCAAGAUAUUAGGAGUGGGUGGGGUAAGCCAUUAAGUUACAUCUGGAGGUGAGGCCUAAUUUCCUCUAAUAGUCUCUAAUUACUCCGAUCCUGCUGCAGGCAGUGGGAGGGGCAGGCCCACACUCCCCUAGGACCCUAGUACCGCCCCAGUAAACCCAUGGCAGGCCUGUGUCCCCCUCCCACAGUAGGACAGACAGCUGGCCUGGAGGCUAAUAGCGAGGGUUGAGGUCACAGAGGCAUGUGGAGGCAAGCAGGCAGGCAGGCCAGGCUGCAGGGCAUGGCUGGCUGAGACAAGCCGCCUUCCUCCUGUGGUCAAGGAGCCACCAACAGCAUCCAACCAAUGCUGGAUUCUGUCUUUGCAUUUUUAGUAGCUUCUGGUGCCACCCCAGACUUGAGGCAGCUGCUGUUACGUCACAACCAGUGGACACUCAGUUAGCAAAGACUUCCAUGGAACUGUUAGGCUAGGCAUGGCCAGGUAGGCACUGGCUCUUCCCUGCCUUCCAGAAGGUUCUGUGGAACUGGAACCUAGUUUGUAAGCUCCCUGUACCAACACCCUCCUCUAUGAUCAUGGCCCGCUGCGGCUGGGCUGGGCCACGGAGAAGGAGAAGAAGAAGAUAAAGGAGGAUGAGAAGGGUUGGGGGCAGGGCCUGGCCUCUGAAGAGGAGAGAAGGCUACAGAGCCCUGGCGAGCACGGGAGCAAGUCUUCAAGCACCACAUGGUAGGGGCUCUGGAGUUGCUGCUCAGGCUGUCUGGGGUCCUGGCUGACUGGCCACCCUCUUUCCUCAUCAAUAAAAGCAUCCUUGUGCAUUCUU